AUGGCCGACGGGUGGGCAUGCCCGCCGCCCUACGAGGCAACGGCAGCACCCAAUAGAGACUUUAUGACGCCCGCAGAAGCGCCGGGGAGCACCGCACCCACCAUAGUCAUCCUGACAGAUGAUCAAGAAGGGUCUGCUGGAACUGUUCUCUAUGCAUCACCGGUUCCUUUCCUGGUUGUGGCGAAUCCGCAUGCACGGUAUUCCUGGCUGCAGUCACAGCGUCUGCAUACAUAUAUCACCCUCCGCAAGGGGGAAGAAGCUAACCCCCCUCAAAACUGCCCCAGGUUACGGAGACAAACGUCGCCUUUCAGCAAGAUGACGUCGGAGGAAGCACAGGCUCCGCGCACCGCAGCUGAGCGUGCAUCGGAGGAUCCAGCAUCCGCCGUCGCCGCCAGAGAGGAGCGCGCAGAGUAUCCAAGUCCAUCGACGUCCGUCUUGAACGGAAGGCCCGCCCUAACCGCACCCAGCCCCACACCGCAGCAACGGACCCACGCCGCCGUUAUCAUCAGCAGAGGCGAUAGACACCCCGCAGAGGCAGGAGCGAGUCCCGUCGAGCCCAGCUCUGCACAAGACGAGACAGAUCCCAAGGCGGACCAGUGGGCGGUGGUCCAUCGAGCAGACGACUCAGAGGACCUCGACGAGGAGACAGACUCCAUGGAGAACUUUAUACAGACGCCCAGGGUUAAUCGGUUCGAGGUGCAUGUGGAUGUGCAGGUGCAGGUGCAGUAUGCGGAGUAG